AUGCGCCUCCUCCCGCUGCUCCUGCUCCUGGCCGUCGCCGCGGGCGCGGCCGGCGCGGCGGGCAGCGGCACGGACACGGACGCGGACGCGCUGCUCGCCGCGAAGGCGGCGCUCUCCGACCCCACCGGCGCGCUCGCGUCCUGGGACGCCGCCUCCUCCGACCACUGCACGUGGGCGGGGGUCACCUGCGCGCCCCGGGGCUCCGGCGGCGUGGUCGUUGGGCUCGACGUCUCCGGGCUCAACCUGUCCGGCGCGCUCCCGCCGGCGCUGUCGCGGCUCCGCGGCCUGCAGCGCCUCUCCGUCGCCGCCAACGGCUUCUACGGGCCCAUCCCGCGGUCGCUCGCGCGCCUACAGCUCCUCGUCCACCUCAACCUCUCCAACAACGCCUUCAACAGCUCCUUCCCGCCUGCGCUCGCGCGGCUCCGCGCGCUCCGGGUGCUCGACCUCUACAACAACAACCUCACCAGCGCCACGCUGCCGCUCGAGGUCACGCACAUGACCAUGCUCCGCCACCUGCACCUCGGCGGCAACUUCUUCUCCGGGGAGAUACCGCCGGAGUACGGCCGGUGGCCCAGGCUGCAGUACCUUGCGGUCUCCGGGAACGAGCUCUCCGGCAAGAUACCGCCCGAGCUGGGGAACCUCACCAGCCUCAGGGAGCUCUACAUUGGCUACUACAACAGUUACACCGGUGGUCUUCCGCCGGAGCUGGGGAACCUGACCGAGCUCGUCCGCAUCGACGCCGCCAACUGUGGGCUCUCCGGCGAAAUCCCGCCGGAGCUUGGGAGGCUGCAGAAUCUGGAUACGCUCUUCUUGCAGGUGAACGGCCUCACCGGCAGCAUACCCUCGGAGCUGGGCUACCUCAAGAGCCUCAGUUCUUUGGACCUGUCGAACAAUGCGCUCACCGGUGAGAUACCGGCGAGUUUCUCCGAGCUCAAGAACCUGACGCUGCUCAACCUGUUCCGGAACAAGCUGCGCGGCGACAUCCCCGACUUCGUCGGCGACCUGCCCAGCCUCGAGGUGCUGCAGCUGUGGGAGAACAACUUCACCGGCGGUGUGCCACGCAGCCUCGGCCGCAACGGCCGCCUCCAGCUGCUCGACCUCUCGUCGAACAAGCUCACCGGCACGCUGCCGCCGGAGCUCUGCGCCGGGGGCAACCUGCAGACGCUCAUCGCGCUCGGCAACUUCUUGUUCGGUGCCGUCCCAGACUCACUCGGCCAGUGCAAGUCCUUGAGCCGUGUCCGUCUCGGGGAGAACUACUUGAAUGGCUCAAUUCCGAAGGGGCUAUUCGAAUUGCCGAAGCUGACUCAAGUUGAGUUGCAAGAUAACCUCCUCACUGGUAAUUUCCCGGCUGUGAUCGGUGCUGCGGCUCCUAACCUUGGCGAGAUCAGCCUGUCCAACAACCAGCUUACGGGAGCAUUGCCUGCAUCUCUUGGGAACUUCUCUGGUGUUCAGAAGCUGCUGCUUGAUCAGAACGCGUUCUCUGGUGCCAUACCUCCGGAGAUUGGGCGGCUGCAGCAGCUCUCCAAGGCUGACCUUAGCAGCAACAAGUUUGAGGGAGGUGUGCCACCGGAGAUUGGGAAAUGCCGGCUUCUCACUUACUUGGACAUGAGCCAAAACAACCUCUCUGGGAAGAUACCUCCGGCCAUCUCUGGAAUGCGAAUACUGAACUACCUCAACCUGUCCAGGAACCACCUUGAUGGAGAGAUACCUCCAUCCAUUGCAACGAUGCAGAGCUUGACGGCGGUCGACUUCUCUUAUAACAACUUGUCUGGGCUUGUGCCAGGGACUGGCCAGUUCAGCUACUUCAAUGCCACAUCUUUCGUUGGCAACCCAGGCCUGUGUGGACCAUACCUCGGUCCAUGCAGCGCAGGCAUCGCUGGCACCGACCACACUGCCCAUGGCCAUGGUGGGCUGAGCAAUACGGUCAAGCUGCUCAUUGUCCUUGGCUUGUUGAUUUGCUCCAUUGCAUUUGCUGCUGCGGCAAUUCUGAAGGCUCGGUCAUUGAAGAAAGCUAGUGAAGCGCGAGUAUGGAAACUCACUGCAUUCCAGCGCCUGGACUUCACCAGUGAUGAUGUGCUGGAUUGCUUGAAAGAGGAGAACAUUAUUGGCAAAGGUGGUGCUGGGAUUGUGUAUAAGGGGGCAAUGCCGAAUGGUGAACUUGUAGCUGUGAAGAGACUCCCAGCAAUGGGCCGUGGCUCAUCACAUGAUCAUGGAUUCUCCGCAGAGAUACAAACACUUGGUAGAAUUCGACACCGUCAUAUUGUGCGCCUUCUAGGCUUCUGCUCAAACAAUGAGACUAAUCUGCUGGUUUAUGAGUAUAUGCCCAAUGGCAGCCUUGGGGAGAUGCUCCAUGGCAAGAAAGGGGGGCACCUGCACUGGGAUACCCGAUACAGCAUUGCUAUUGAGGCAGCCAAGGGGCUUUGCUACUUGCACCAUGAUUGUUCACCUUUGAUACUUCACCGGGAUGUCAAGUCAAAUAACAUACUUCUUGACUCCAACUUUGAAGCUCAUGUGGCCGACUUUGGGCUAGCAAAAUUCUUGCAGGAUUCUGGGGCAUCUGAAUGCAUGUCCGCCAUCGCAGGCUCAUAUGGCUACAUAGCGCCAGAAUAUGCAUACACACUGAAGGUCGAUGAGAAGAGUGAUGUCUAUAGCUUUGGUGUUGUGCUUCUUGAGCUUGUCACUGGAAGGAAGCCUGUAGGUGAGUUUGGCGAUGGUGUUGACAUUGUCCAAUGGGCAAAGAUGAUGACAGACUCAAGCAAAGAACAAGUGAUGAAGAUCCUGGACCCAAGGCUCUCAACUGUGCCGCUGCACGAGGUGAUGCAUGUCUUCUAUGUUGCAUUGCUCUGCACUGAGGAGCAAAGUGUGCAGCGCCCGACGAUGAGGGAGGUUGUGCAGAUCCUAAGUGAGCUUCCAAAGCCAUCUACCAAGCAAGGAGAGGAGGUUCCAAAUUCCGGUGACGGUUCUGCAUCCAGUCCUCUACAUCCAGCACCAGUUGGGACCAAUGAAGCACCAACCGUCGAAGCGAGAGGUCAGCAGCAGCAAACAAGCUCUCCGUCAUCGCCACCUCCAGAUCUCAUCAGCAUCUGA